AUGACCGAUCAAGAGCCAUCAGUAUCCACCGAAGUUUCCGGCAUCGCCGAAGUCAAAGAAUGGCUUGCCAAAACCUUUGAAGUCGCCGGCAAACCCGUUCCUGAAUUCCAAUACACUCCACGCAGUGUCUCUCACUUGCACCAUCUCUCUACACUAUCCAAAGCCAAAGACGAAGCCGCUCGUCUCGUUGCGCGCGAUUUUCGCCUCAAAGCCUCCGAAUAUAGAUCCCAAGCUGCAAGGAUUAGGGAAAUUCUGGAGAAUGUAGGUUUGGCGCAGGAGAGUUUGCCGUCCAGUGUGGUUGCGUCGGCGCAGGUUCUUGCGAAUGUAUCUAACUUGUUGAAUAUCAGAGAUACUGAACUUAGUAGUUUUCUUGUGGCAAUGGGUGAUAUUUCCCUGAGGAAGACUGGUGUGGAGGAAAAAAGGGCGAAAGUGCAGAAAGAGUCGAAGUUUCUUCUUGAUUAUACUAGAAAGGCUUUAUCCAGGCUAACUUAUUUGAAAAGAACAGAAUCCCAAUUGGCAGAGGAACAACCUAUGUGUCAGGCUCAAAUGGAAAGUUGGAGCACAAACUUGCAAGUUAUGGCUGCAAAAGAAAGGCAGUACAUGCAACAAUCUGCCAACUAUAAGGCGGUGCUCAACCAUACAGGGUAUACCCCAGAGGUUAGCCACAGUGUUUUGGUUGAAAUGGCUGAGCAUAGGAAGGAGCUGGAAAGGAAAACUAAGCCCAUCCUUGAUACUCUUAGGAGCUAUCAAGAUUUGCCUCCGGAUAAAGCUCUGGCUGCAUUAGCAAUUGAAGAUAAAAAAAGGCAGUAUGCUGCUGCUGAGAAACAUCUUGAAGAUGUAUUGCAAACAGCUCUUUCAAAUUCAGGGUGA